CAGAAUAAAGGUAUACGGUCGGUGUCGGUGCAGUCUGCGGCGGUCAUGGUGUCAUCACAGGAAAAGUCGCUUAGCCAUAUCACUUUUAGCUCCAUCUUCAGGUGGUAAAGUGAGAUCUUUUUUUUAACCCGGAAGAAGAAUUACGAGGUCGCCAUGGGAAGCAAAGUUAGUGGCAAGAUGGCUGCCGCCGGACGGGUCGUUCAGGCCGUGCGACCACACGCACCCUUAAUCAAAUUUCCCAAUCGAAAAGGCAUACCAAGACCAAAUGUUCAAGAAGCACUGAAAGCGGUUACUGCCAGUCUUGCCCCAGACACGUCCCCAAGUUCAACACCAUUACCACCUGUAAUACCACCGUCAAGACCACCUGGACCUGUUAGUCGAUUACCUGGGACACCAGAUACAGUUGCCACAGUUAAGGAUCUUCCACAAAGGUAUCGCAGGAGGGCAGUCACAGCUGAAGAAAUGGAGUAUAUUCAGCGCGGUGGACCAGAGUGACACCAAGAAUCAGCAAUAUCUAUUCUACCAGAGUCCUUACUUUAUAAUUUGUUUUCCGUUGCCUAAUUUUAUUCCUCAACAUAUGAGGACUCCUCAACAUCUGAGGCUGCCACAUUUCCUCCUACAAAUUGCAGAGAAAACAAACAUAAUUUAAUUUUUAUUUGUGAAAAUGUACAUACAAAUAUUUUUAAAGAUGUAGAUAUUUUACUGGAUUGUUUUACUUGUUGGUUCAUGGACUGUGUUCUUCCAUCUGAAUCUUAACCUAAGAAGAGGUUGAGUAUCUUGAAGCAUAUGGUGACAGUCCUGCUCUGCGAAAAGCCAAGCCAAUUCCAGUUCUCACAGAAGUACAUCUUGCAUCUCUGCUCCUCAUCCAAAGCUGCUUUGUCCGUAUGCGCACAUGUUGCUCAUUAUUACUCCCUCCCAGAUUGCUCAACUUGAAUCUAAGCUAGUUCAACUAAGUCAGGCAGGCAAAACAUCUGCACGUCCUGUGAAGUCCGACUGCUGCUGGAAUGGUAAUGGACUGAAUGCUGGGACUGAAGCUCUCCACUAUUAAAGUAUUUAAUAUGU